AUGGCAGCCGGGGGCCGCCGGCGGCGCCCACUGCGCUACCAGUCCCUGGCAGCCCUUGUGGAGGAUUCUCAGUGGCCUUUCUUGUUCCUUGUCUCAGACUUCAGCUACGGAGCAGAUGACUACGACGGAGAAGGGAAUGAGGAGCAGAAGGGGCCCCCAGAGGGCUCAGAGACCAUGCCGUACAUCGAUGAGUCGCCCACCAUGUCGCCCCAGCUCAGCGCCCGAAGCCAGAGCAGCGGGGACAGGAUCUCCCCCACCCCACCUGAGGGGCUGGCACCUGGGGUGGAAGCAGGAAAAGGCCUGGAGAUGCGGAAGCUGGUUCUCUCAGGGUUCCUGGCCAGUGAAGAGAUCUACAUUAACCAGCUGGAAGCCCUGUUGCUGCCCAUGAAACCCCUGAAGGCCACAGCUACCACCUCCCAGCCCGUGCUCACCAUCCAGCAGAUCGAAACCAUUUUCUACAAGAUCCAGGACAUCUAUGAGAUCCACAAGGAGUUCUAUGACAACCUCUGUCCCAAGGUGCAGCAGUGGGACAGCCAGGUUACCAUGGGCCACCUCUUCCAGAAGCUGGCCAGCCAGCUUGGUGUGUACAAAGCGUUUGUGGAUAACUAUAAAGUCGCUCUGGAGACAGCUGAAAAGUGCAGCCAGUCCAACAACCAGUUCCAGAAGAUCUCAGAGGAACUCAAAGUGAAAGGUCCCAAGGACUCCAAGGACAGCCACACGUCGGUCACCAUGGAAGCCCUGCUCUACAAGCCCAUUGACCGGGUCACGCGGAGUACUCUGGUCCUACAUGACCUGCUGAAGCAUACACCCGUGGACCACCCAGACUACCCACUCCUCCAGGAUGCUCUCCGCAUCUCCCAGAACUUCCUGUCCAGCAUCAACGAGGACAUUGACCCCCGCCGGACCGCAGUUACGACCCCCAAGGGCGAGACGCGGCAGCUGGUGAAGGAUGGUUUCCUGGUGGAGGUGUCAGAGAGCUCCCGGAAGCUGCGGCAUGUAUUCCUCUUUACAGAUGUACUACUGUGCGCCAAGCUAAAGAAGACAUCUGCGGGGAAGCACCAGCAAUAUGACUGUAAAUGGUACAUUCCCCUGGCCGACCUCGUGUUUCCAUCCCCUGAAGAGUCUGAGGCCAGUCCCCAGGUACACCCCUUUCCAGACCACGAGCUGGAGGACAUGAAAAUGAAGAUUUCUACUUUCAAAAGUGAAAUCCAGAAAGAGAAAGCCAAUAAAGGACAGAGCCGGGCCAUCGAGCGCCUGAAGAAGAAGAUGUUUGAGAAUGAGUUCUUGCUGCUGCUCAAUUCCCCUACAAUCCCGUUUCGGAUCCACAAUCGGAAUGGAAAGAGCUACCUGUUCUUACUGUCCUCGGACUAUGAGAGGUCAGAGUGGAGAGAAGCAAUUCAGAAACUACAGAAGAAAGAUCUUCAGGCCUUUGUUCUGAGCUCAGUGGAACUCCAGGUGCUCACAGGGUCCUGCUUCAAACUUAGGACUGUCCACAACAUUCCUGUCACCAGCAAUAAAGAUGAUGAUGAGUCUCCGGGACUCUAUGGCUUUCUUCAUGUCAUCGUCCACUCUGCCAAGGGCUUUAAACAGUCAGCCCAUCUAUACUGUACCCUAGAGGUGGAUUCCUUCGGCUAUUUUGUCAGCAAAGCCAAAACCCGAGUGUUCCGGGACACGACAGAGCCCAAGUGGGAUGAGGAGUUUGAGAUCGAGCUGGAGGGUUCUCAGUCCCUGCGGAUCCUGUGCUAUGAAAAGUGCUAUGAUAAGACCAAGGUCAACAAGGACAACAACGAGAUUGUGGACAAGAUCAUGGGCAAAGGGCAGAUCCAGUUGGAUCCACAGACGGUGGAAACUAAGAACUGGCACACAGAUGUGAUCGAGAUGAAUGGGAUUAAAGUGGAAUUCUCCAUGAAAUUCACCAGCCGAGACAUGAGCCUCAAAAGAACACCAUCCAAGAAGCAGACAGGCGUCUUUGGUGUGAAGAUCAGCGUGGUGACUAAGCGGGAGCGCUCCAAGGUGCCUUACAUCGUCAGGCAGUGUGUGGAGGAGGUGGAGAAGAGAGGCAUUGAGGAGGUCGGCAUCUACCGGAUAUCAGGGGUGGCCACGGACAUCCAGGCACUGAAGGCCGUCUUUGAUGCCAACAACAAGGACAUCCUGCUGAUGCUGAGUGACAUGGACAUUAACGCCAUUGCUGGCACCCUCAAGCUCUACUUCCGGGAGCUGCCCGAGCCCCUCCUCACAGACCGACUCUACCCAGCCUUUAUGGAGGGCAUUGCCCUGUCAGACCCUGCUGCCAAGGAAAACUGCAUGAUGCACCUGCUCCGCUCCCUGCCCGACCCCAAUCUCAUCACCUUCCUCUUCCUGCUGGAACACUUGAAAAGGGUUGCUGAAAAGGAACCCAUCAACAAAAUGUCCCUUCACAACCUGGCUACCGUGUUUGGUCCCACGUUACUGAGACCCUCAGAAGUGGAAAGCAAAGCACAUCUCACGUCGGCUGCAGACAUCUGGUCCCAUGAUGUCAUGGCACAGGUCCAGGUCCUCCUCUACUACCUGCAGCACCCCCCCAUCUCCUUCGCCGAACUGAAGCGGAACACACUGUACUUCUCUACAGACGUGUAG